CUUGUAUUUAGACAUAUAAUUUAAUUUUACUAGUGUUUGGGUGGCUGCACUUGGUGUUAUUUUCUUUAUUGGUCCCAGCGUCAUGUCGGGACCGGUCGUCCGGUCCGAGUUUUGGCUCGUGCGGGUGACCCGGUAGUGCUCAGAGCUGAAGGAGGAUGACCAGGGCUGGCGGACUCGCAGUGCUGUUGGGCUCCGUGGCCCUCCUGGCUCCAACUUUUACCUUCCUCCAGAUCGCCUUGAGGGGCGAGGAACAGCUGGUGGUGAGGCCUAGCCUGCGUUCUCAGCACUCGCAGCCUGGUUCCCGCAUCGACACCGGUGUGGCCAGCUCCGCUGCUGCUGUGGCGGGCGCCUGCCUCAUUGCCGCCGCCGGGCUCCGCGCCUCCCGCCGCAGCUCGGGCGUGCCGCGGCAGCUCUUCUUCGGGGGCGGCCGAGACCCCUCGCCCGACGAUGUCACCAGUAAGGUCUACUUUGACAUCAGCAUCGGCGGCGAGCCAGCUGGUCGGGUGGUCUUUGGCUUGUAUGGCGACGUCGUGCCCAAGACGGCAGAGAACUUCCGGCAGCUUUGCCUCAAGGGUCCAGGUGAAGGCUACCAAGGCUGCCCGUUUCAUCGCGUCAUUCCCGGCUUCAUGUGCCAGGGCGGAGAUUUCACCAACAUGAACGGCACCGGUGGGCGCAGCAUUUAUGGCAAUAAGUUUGAGGACGAGAACUUCGAGUUCAACCACACCAAGCCUGGAUUGCUCAGCAUGGCGAAUGCUGGGCCCAACACCAAUGGUUCUCAGUUCUUCAUUACGGUGGCACCCACGGACUGGCUGAACGGGAAGCAUGUGGUCUUCGGUGAGGUGCUGGAAGGCUACGACGUGGUGGAGAAGAUGGAGUCGGUGGGAAGUCAAAGCGGACGGACUCGCGCGCAAGUGGUCAUCGAUGACUCCGGAGAGCUCUAGGGUGCUGAAAAAUGCUUGGAAGGGAUUGAGAAAAGGAUUGAGUUCCUUGAAACCCU